AUGGAAAAGAAUAGUAUCACUCGAGACCGUGUUGUUGACAAUGAUCGAACUUUUAAGGAAUAUUCUUGUCAAAUAUGUCAGAAUCUAUUAUGGAAACCCAAUUCAUGUUCAUCAUGUCAUCGAAUACUCUGUGAAAAAUGUAUGCAAAAAUGGUUCGAAAAUCCAUUGAAUAGAAAUUCAUGUCCAUUUUGUUCUAAACUAUCUGAAUAUAAACCAUGUUCAUUUCUUGCUCAACUCAUGUUAUCUCAUUUACGCAUUCGUUGUCGAAACGAAAAGUUAGGUUGUAAACAAAUCUUACCUUAUAAACAAUUAGAACAUCAUGAAACUGCUAAUUGUCAAUACUUAAGUGAACAAUGUGUGAGAUGUAAUCAAUUAAUACUUCGUUCAAAACUUGUUGAUCAUCAACAAAGGUCAGAACAGUGCAUAUCCUGUCCAAUUAAAUGCACAAUUUGCAAAAACUCUUUUGAAGGCAUCGAUUUUCAAGAACAUUUCACUGAAUGUUAUCAACAAAAAAUUGAUCAAUUAAACACAAACAUAUAUUGUGAUAGCAAUAUGGGAAGAGAUAUUCCAGAUAAUGAACAAAUUGCACCUAAUAGUUCAUUGAUAUAUUUAGAAAAGUCAUAUGAUAAUAUUGAACUAGUUUUUGAAAAUUUAUCACCAAUUCGUUUAUAUUAUUCAUUUAUACCAACACAUUCGGCCAUUACUCUGAUUGUUUUUAUUUAUUAUGAUCUGGCAUUUUUAAUUGUUUCGCCUGAUAUUUAA